CUUUAAUGAGGCCGCUUCAGAUGAUUGGUCUAUGCAGGUCAGGGUGUGCUGAAGAACCACUGCGAUAUAUACCUCCUAAAUCGUUCACCAAGGAACAGCGCAUGGAACAGUGGGAAUAUGUGAACAGUAUCUACUUUGGGCCUGAGCGGGACAUGAAAAACUUCCCCAACCCGUCACAGCCAGAGAGCAGCCCAGCUGUCAGGGUAGGAAUAAUUCCAGCAUCGUGGUUCAAUUUCUUGUACCCAAAGACAGGAGUUACAGGGCCUUUUGCGCUUGGUGGAGGCUUGGCGCUUUUUAUGUUGUCCAAAGAGAUCAUGGUCAUUGACCAUUACUUCUGGGAAAUACCUUCCUUUUGGGGCGCCGUGUGGUUUGUUAACCAUAAAUUUGGGCACCAGAUUCGAAAUUAUUUUGACAGCCAACUGAAGCUCAAGAAAGAAAUUAUUUACUCUCGCCCAAUAAAUCAAAUGAAAGCUAACUGCGAGGAAGCAAUUCGAUUUUGUGAGAAAAAGAUUGAGGAGACCGAGACAGCUACACAUUUAUACCUGGCAAAGAAGGAGAACGUGGAGCUUCAGUUGGAGGCUGCCUAUCGUCAGAGACUGCUCGCAGCUUACCAGGAAGUCAAGAAGAGGCUGGACUAUGAAACCGCAAGAUCCGACCUUGUAAGGAAGUUUGAGCAGGAUCACAUGGUGGACUGGAUUGAAUCAAAUGUCACUAAGAGCAUCACACCGCAGCAGGAACAGGAGAGCAUCCAAAGCUGUAUCAGAGCUCUGAAGAAGCUGGCUGCUAAAGAAAAUGUCUCCAAAUGA